CAAUGGGCCUGAUAUAACAGGGUCCGUACUCCCGUUGCCAAGUUGGAAGCAGCACACAAUACUAUGGCGUCUCAACCAGUCAGUGCAAAUGCUGCUGCCAACGUCACCCCCAAGAACAGAACCGUUGUCACGGUAUCUGUGCUGGUUGGUAUGCUAUUCCUGAUUGUCCUUAUAGCUUGGUGCACUGGCUGGAAACGGCCACCUCAGCCUGAACCCACGAUCUUGGUAUAUCGGCAUAUAAUCAAAGAGCAAAGAGACACUGGAGUCUCGAAGUCAUUCGUGGAUUCGAUACCUUUAGUAAAAUACAAGACUGUGGUCAGAGUUGCGCGGUUGGACAAUGCUACGGAUGAAGAGGCAAACAUCUCUGUCGGCGGCCAAGUCGAUAAGAAUGUCUCUACAAAAGAUGAUUGUCCCGUCUGUGUCGAAACAUUCGCCUCUUCUGAUGAAGUACGCAUACUUUCUUGCGGGCACAUAUACCAUCAUCGUUGUAUUGAUCCUUGGUUGUUGAGGGUUUCUGGUACUUGUCCAAUCUGCAGAACAGAUCUCGCAAAAGCUAUUUCAUCGACAAAGGCGCAGCCGACUGCUCCCAGGCCAGCUCAUCUUGCACAAUAGCCUAUACCAAAUCAAGGCGCAAAGUCCAUUGCCCUUGCGCGAAUUGUGGUUACCAACUUUCCAUCGUCGCGCCAUCUUUCCUUGACUCAAAGAUCGGACGCUUCUAGGCAAAUUUUCACUCUCGUUGCCCAUCUUCAAUAUCCGCUGUUCAUGUGUUCCCAAAUACUUGCUAGCUCCAU